AUGUCGAAAUAUAAAGCAGUUCUUCUUCACAGACAUAAUUUCAUCAGACAGUUAGCAAAUAAAUGUGAACGCACGUAUAUUCCACCACCAGAGAAGGAAUUGACAGAUUUAAUAUGGGAUGAUGGGUUGGCCAUCACUGCUCAAAUGUAUGCUAAAACGUGCAGAAAUGUUAUUGGUACCCCACAUGAAAGAACUACUUGCAAGUGGAAGUCAGUUGGUCAAAAUGUUGCGGAGGUUGGUGAAAUUCAAAAUGCCCCCGUGAUAUGGAGAGAUGGUUCUCGAUAUUAUGACUAUAAAGAUGAUCACUGUACAAAAGAAAAUGAUGAGUAUUAUUGUGAUAGCUUCAAACAGAUGAUUUUCGCCAAUACAACGCAUAUCGGCUGUGGUGCACAUUUAUGUCAUGAAGACGUCGAUUCAAAGAAGUACAUAGUCGUUUGCAACUAUGCACAAGCGUAA